AAGACCAGACCCCCCCCUGGAAAGUUGAAGUUCAGAGUGGAGAUGCUGCUGUGAACCUGCUGUGACAGAAGAUCCAAAGAAUGUAGGAGUCUGGUUUUCACAGCAAGGAGUGAAAAAAGGACCAAGGAGCAGACAAAACACUCAAAGGAGAAUUGGUGACCGCAAUUGCUGCUGGAUUCCAUGCACUGUAAAGAUGGGCGCACUGGUCAAACCAGCGCUGCUGCUACUUUUAUGGCAGAGUGUUUGGGCUUUGGACAUCCCUCUGGAAAUCAGACAACCCCCAACCAUCAUAAAGCAGUCUCUAAAGGAGCAUAUUGUUGACCCAAAAGACACCAUGGUCAUAGAAUGUGAAGCCAAAGGAAACCCUCAUCCCAUUUUCUCAUGGAGGCGCAAUGGGAAGUAUUUCAACGUGGCACGUGACUCGCAGGUAUCAAUGCGCAGGCGCUCAGGGACGCUGGACAUCUAUGCCUGGAACAAUCCAGAACAGUAUGAGGCAGAAUAUCAGUGCAUUGCCUCCAACCAGUACGGAUCUGCAUACUCCAACAAGAUCAGACUACUACUAUACAGAGCUCCUGUAUGGCCGCGGGAGAUGGUGGAGCCUGUGGUGGUCAGCGCUGGUUUGCCUCUGGUGCUGUCCUGUGACCCUCCGCCUGGCCCACCUAAACCUGAAACCUACUGGAUGUCAAGCUGCUCAUAUGCGAGACCUUUUAACUGGCCGAUUCAGACAGCUUUCCCCACCAUGCAGCCUGUGCGGCAGGACCGCAGGGUAUCCAUGGGAGUAAACGGAGAUCUGUACUUCUCUAACGUCCUAUUCAACGACUCUGCUACUGAUUACUGCUGUAAUGCCCGCUUCCCAUACAAGAACGUCAUCCAGCAGAAGAUGCCCGUGGUUGUUAAGGUGAUUACAACCCGUACAGUAGCCGAGGCUGCCCCCACCUGGCUGUCUCCCACAGGCUCAUCCAGCUCCAAACUGGUCCUGCAAGGGGAGGAACUGCUCCUGGAGUGCAUCGCUGCAGGAGUGCCAACUCCUCGUAUUACCUGGACGAAGGACGGCGAGAACCUGGUAGUGACAUCACGCAUGAAAGUAAAAAACUUCAACAAGAUGAUUCAAAUCCCGAAGGCGUCUUUUGAAGAUGCGGGUGAAUACGCCUGCACUGCUACCAAUAAGAUCAACUACAUUGAGCACACAAUAACCGUCAGGGUCAAAGCGGCUCCAUUCUGGUUGGAGAAGCCCACUGAUUUGGUUUUGGCCCCUGAGGAAAAUGGACGCUUGGUAUGUCGUUCUGAUGGGGCUCCUCGUCCUACGAUUAGCUGGUUCAUCAACGGGGAACCGAUUGAAACUGCCACACCGCAGCCGAACCGACAGGUGUCAGGAGACACGCUGACCCUCCGCAGUGUUACUGCUGCAGACACCGCCGUCUAUCAGUGCAAUGCUUCAAAUCAGUAUGGAUACUUAUUGGCCAACGCUUUGAUCAAUGUGCUACAUGCAACUCCACGUAUUCUCUCACCCAAGAAUGAACUCGUCAAGGUGAUAGAGGGCAGCCGUACCUUCUUAGACUGCCGCUUCUUUGGUUCUCCGGUGCCUGAGCUGCGAUGGUCCAAAUAUGGACAGGGGAAUCUUGAAGGAAAUCGUUUUAAGACCUACAAUAACGGGACUCUGGAGAUAAGACGCACACAGUUAGAGGACCAGGGAACUUAUCUGUGUGUAGUCAGCAACAUCGCAGGAAGAGAUGAGAGUCAAGUCCGAAUAGAGGUCAAAGAACCCACUUUAAUCGUCACAAAACCGCAGAGCAUGAAAGUCAUACGUGGAAGUGAUGUGCGCUUCGAGUGUGGCGUGAAAGCAGACGCCACUACUCCCAUCACAACCACUUGGAUGAAAGAUAAAAAGACACUUACUAUUGGCUGGAGACUCUCUUUGGAUGAAUCAAAUUUGGUCAUCACUAACGUAAACAGAGGCGAUGAGGGCAACUAUACAUGUGUCAUCAAGAGUGAACUGGACCAGAAGUCGGCCUCAGCACGCCUAAUGGUGAUGGACCGUCCUGAUCCUCCCACAAAUUUGGAGUUGUCGGAUCCAUAUGAACGUAGUGUAAGACUCAGUUGGGUUCCUGGAGACAGCAACCACAGCCCUAUUACAGAGUACUUAGUGCAGUAUGAUGAUGAUGACUGGUUGCCUGGCAAGUGGAGAAACCUGUCAACGUACCCAGGAAACCUCAACUCCGUCAUUCUGCAUCUUUCACCUUUCACCUACUAUGAGUUUCGGGUCAUCGCGAUCAGUGAAAACGGAAUGAGUCGCCCUAGCCGUCCGUCAAUGCGCUUCCAGACCAGUGGUGCACCCCCAGAUGUCAUCCCAAAGAAUCUAAAAGGAGUGGGAACAUGGAGAAAUAACAUGGAGAUCAGUUGGGAGCCUCUGACCUACAGAGAGUGGAACGGGCCCCACCUGAAGUAUCUGGUAUGGUGGCGACGGAGAGAUUCCCGAGAGGAGUGGAAGAAUGCCACCACUAAAUGGCUGAAAUACUACAUCUACGAUGCAGAUACCUUCACUCCUUAUGAGAUAAAGGUCCAGGCUGUCAACGACUUCGGGCUGGGCCCAGAGUCUCCUGUUGUAGUCGGUUACUCUGGGGAAGACCGUCCCUUAGCUGCACCCCUGAACCUCAGAGUGUCCGACAUCGAGAGCACACAGGUGACUGCGCACUGGGACCCAGUGACACGCAACUCUAUUAUGGGAGAACUGAAAGAAUACAAGGUGUACUACUGGAGGGACAGCAGCCAGCUGAGGUGGCUGAGAGUCAACAGAGGUAUGAAGUCUAAAGCAUUUCCAGAUAAUGACCCAGAGCCCUCCGGGGUCAUUACUGGACUCAUACCCUAUAGCAACUACAAGAUGUACAUAGUGGUGGCAAAUAAUCGAUAUGAAGGACCUCCCAGUAAUAAUAUAGUCUUCUCAACACCUGAAGGAGUACCAUCUGUUCCCAGAUCCUUCAGGAUCCAACAGCGACAUCUGGACAGUAUUUAUGUUGACUGGGACCUGCCAGCAGAACCCAACGGAGUCAUCACUGGAUAUUCCCUUAAGUACCAAACAGUAAAUGCCACCAGGGGAGAGGAGAUGCGAUCUGAGGAGUUCCUUCCAAACGUAACAAGUUUCUCAGUCCGGCGAUAUGACCGCUACACUCGAUACAGAUUCUCUGUGGCGGCACGAACUCGGAUCGGUAUAGGGGAAUGGCAUACAGAGGAGUCACCUCACUACACCACUGAAAUCUAUGCUCAGGACCAGGUGGACAUCUCCACUCAGGGCUGGUUCAUUGGUAUAAUGUGUGCUGUGGCUCUCAUCGUGCUCAUCCUACUUAUAGUCUGCUUCAUCAAGAGGAGCCGAGGGGGGAAAUACCCAGUACGGGAAAAAAAAGACAUUUCAUUGGAGCCAGUGGAUGACAAAGAUCAGGAGGGAUCAUUUGACUAUAGGUCUCUUGAAAGGAUAGCACGUGUGUCCACUCUGCCCUACCCCCGGCGGGAGGAGGAAAGAGGGCUUCAGAGAGGUCAGCCAUCUAUGGAGGCAAUGAUGAAGCAAUCAGACAGUGACGACAGCCUGGUGGACUAUGGAGAAGGAGGCGAGAUACCAUUCAAUGAGGACGGCUCGUUCAUUGGCCAGUACACAGGAAAUAGGAGAGAUGUCAGGGAGUUGGACUUUGGUGGGAGUCUUGAGCUCCACUCCCCGAUGAAUACCAUCUAUUCCCUGGCAUAAAACUCACGAUUCAAAACUUCCUUGCUGAUUUCAACUCAACUAUUUGUCACGUACCCUCCACCUUGAAUAGAGAGUCUGGAGGAACUUGUGGUGCUUGUGGUCUAUCUUUGCAUGUAGGAGGAAACACCUGGAGGUGUUGUUACCCCCUGAACAGCUUCCAUGCAUUUUAAGAAGAUGGAAGAACAGUUGGGACAAUACUUCUAGAGAUGAGAUGCUUAUGCAUCUGCUGAAAAGGAAGCUUUACUCUUUGUUUUUCGUGGUGCAUUUCCUGUAAAUAAAAAAUACUGUGUGUUUAUGGGCACCAGUACACAUACAUAUGUACAUGUUCAAAUAUCCUAUCAAUGGAGAGAGGCUGCACAUCAAAAGAGGCAGAAGUGGAUCAGUUUAUCAUGUUGAUAAAAGCAGCUGCAAGGACCAACUUCACUUCUGUUACUACAUCUUUCUUUCUUUUGUUCUGCUAAUAUCAGUAAUGAGAUUUGUGUUACUUUUAUAUGCCGGCUUUUUGAAAUAAGGGCCAUAUUCCAUACCAUGUCCCUGAACUUAGAUUGCCUUCUAAUAAGGGUAAUAAAAUUUUUCCAGGUAGUAAUGAUUCAUCUGCAUUCAUCUGUCAGUCUGCGUUUCGGUCUGAUGGGAGAUAAGAGGUCAAACCAUUUGGGGAAAUCAGCAAAAGCAGCCGUAAACCAGCUGUAAAAUCAGAAUUUCCUGAUGUUUCUCUAUGAACUGGAUUUAACUGUCUCCCUGUUUCACUUACAAUGGACACAGAUACAGUAGAAAUGACUAAUGUUGAUGUAACUGCUUUAGUUUAUUUGACUCCUAACAUCAACUGUGUAUUAUACCCUAAUGUA